CUUGCGACGCGGUCUUAUUUCGUGAUAAAGCACAAUCCAAGUUUCUCUUGGCUUCUGCGUGUUCCUUUUUUUUUCAAAUUCCCCUGAUUAAUAAUCUCCAUGACUGUGGAUGAAACUGUUUUUGUCACGGGCGCAACAGGCUUCAUUGGCGCCCAUUGCGUGGGCCUUUUAUUGCUCCAAAAUUACCGGGUAAAAGCCUACUGUAGAAGCAAAGAAAAAUUUGACCGUUUGGCGAGGUGUGUACCUGAAACCAGGCGGUCAUUUCUCGAGCCGGCCUUCGGCUCAGAUAUCACCAAUGCCCUGGAAUUGGCGACCCUCAUGGCCGAGUGCACGGGUGUGCUUCAUUUGGCAUCACCGUUCACUUUUGAAGUCGCCAGUUUUGUCGACGAUCUUCUUUUGCCGGCCUUGCAAGGCACCAAGGCGGUUUUAAAGGCAGCCCUGGCAAAUGCUUCUGUGAAUCGAGUGGUUAUCACGUCGUCUUUUGCGGCGGUUUACGAUGCCAGUAAGGGCGACCAGCCAGGCGUGGUUCUAGAUGAAACCGAUUUCAGUCCAUUGACUUGGCAAGACGGGGCCACCACCAAAAAUCCAGCCGUGGCAUAUCGCGCAUCCAAGACAGUGGCCGAAAAUGCCGCCUGGAAAUAUAUGGAGCAACACAAGCCAAACUUCUCCUUGACAGUGUUAUGUCCCACCAUGGUGUUUGGCCCUCUAUUUUCUCCAUCUUUGAUUUCCGGAACCCAGGAAUUGAAUUUCAGCAACCAGGUGGUCUGGGGUCUUUUGAAAGGCUCUGGCCAAGUACCGCCAACAAAAAAUCCCGUCUGGGUGGAUGUGCGUGAUUUGGCCGAGUACCAUGUGAAGGCUUUGAGUGCACCGAAUGCUGCCAACCAGCGGUUUUUGAUCUCGGCUGGGGACUACGACAACCAAGAAAUCGCUGACAUUUUACGGGAAAAUCUUCCACUGAAAAUUACAAAAACAGUCCCUGUUGGUAAUCCGGGCAGUCGGAUUAAGGGCUCUCACUAUACAACCAAUUCUAGCAAGGGUGUGAAGAUGCUAGGCGUGUCUUACCGGGCCUUGGAAACAUGUGUGCUUGAUUUAGCAAAGCAGUUGGUUGCAAUCGAUUCUUUAGUAUAGAUGGAGCUGACGCAUGUCUGUUUCGAGUAUAUUUUGAAGGCAUGAUAUUCUGCCUUCUGGUUGGAGAUCGAGAUGUGGCACGUAAGCAGUUUUUGAUCU